CAUUCACAUCGAAUGAUGUACCAAAAAAAUACCCACUCUCACUGACACUGAAACUGUUGUUUGUUGUAAACUUUUGUACAAUCGAUUCUUGACCCGUCAAAUCCUAACCACCGAACCCAGUCUCUUCCAUUUCAAAUUCGCGUUUCUUUCUUUCCUUAAAUCACUUUCUACUUUCACAUUUUUUCUACAUUACAAGACCUUUUCUUCUAUUUCCUUCAAUCAAAGGUUAUUGAAGUUGUUCAUCGUGUGGUUAAUUUGAUCAGAACACCAAAUUUCUCGUAGAUUCUGUAAGUUUUUGUUUCCUAUGAUUAUGUUUUUAGUCAAUUUUGCUGUAAUGGGUCAACAUUGUUUUUAUGUUUUAGUCAUAUUUUGGUUAGUUUUCUAAUUCAUAUGUAUAGAGAUAGAGAAAGGUAGGAUUUUUAGUGAUUGUAUAAACAAGAUUUUCAUUCUUAGGGUUCUUUCAAGUAAAAAAAUAAUUUGCAGAAUUGCUGAUAUAUGAAAGCGUGAAAUAAAACCGUGUUUAGAUUUUGAAUCCAUGUCUCUUUGUGUCUCUUUCUCUCAACAUUCUUUGUCAAUUUUUGAAUGUUUAAACCCAAUUGAGUUGUUCUAGUGGUGUUGGCUUGGGUCUUGGAGUAUGCUCCUCUCAAGGUCUCAGGUUCGACUCCGCCGGUGCCAAUUUUGGUGGGCUAGUCCAUACUGAGCAAAAAAAAAAAAAAACUCUGGCUUUAAAUGGGACCCCCACAAGUGGGCGGUGGUAUUGGUCCCUUUGGAUUAGUCGGUCAUAGCGCCGGAUACCAAGUUUUCAAAAAAAAAAAAGUAAAUAAAAAAUUUGAAUGUUUGAUGACUGAUUUGUUAAGUUUUCUUUACAAGAUGAAAAUAUUUGCUUUUCAAUACCACAUUUUUUGUUUUAUAUUAAGUAUUGGUUUAUGGUGGUCAUCUCAAUUUGUUCGGUUUUAAAUUACAGACUAUGGGCAGCUUGGAUUUAGAAGGAAGUGAAAAGGACUAUGUGCUUACUACUACUCAAGUGAGCAUUGGUGGAUUUGACACUGAUGUCAAAGCUGAUGAGUUGGUAUCAUUCUUGGAGUCAAAGAUUGGAUAUGUAGACAGAUGUCGGCUGAAGACUUCUUGCACUCCUCCAGAAUCGUAUCCAGAAUUUACGAUGAUUGAUACCAAACAGAUUGAAAAAACGGAUGACUAUCAGAAGGUGGCGCCUCAUGCCUUUGUGCAUUUUACUUUGCCGGAAUCUGCAACUGAGGCCAUCAAUGCUGCAGGUCGCUGUGACCUAAUUUUGAAUAAUAAGGUAUUAAAGGUCAUCAGUGGGCCACAGAAUCCUAAUUUCCUGAACCAAAGGAGGCGAACGGAGGCUCCUUUUAAGAUGUCGGAUGUAAUCGUUGAAAUUGGGACUUUGGUUGGCCAAACGGAUUUUAAUGUUGCUUGGAGAGGACCUGCUAAAGGGGUAAACUUUCUAGUGGAUCCUUUUGACAGCAUGUGCAAGCUUUGUUUUAAUCAGGAUACUGCCUUCGAAUUCAAAGGAAUCGGUAAAAAAGUAGUGAUAAAGUGUGAUUUUAAGGUGGGCUUCUUGGUUAGAGACAUAAAUGAGAUCGUAAGAUAUGACGAUACAUCUCAUCUUGUUGUUUUAUUACAUCUAGCUUCAUCACCUUUGGUUUGGUACAGAACUGCCGAUGAUGACAUUGAAGAAUCGGUCACUAUUGAUUUGUUGGACGACGAUGAUCCUUGGAUUAGAACGACCGACUUUACCCCUAGUGGAGCCAUUGGUCGAUGCGGUUAUUAUAGAAUUGCAAUCCCACCUAGAUAUGGUGCAAAAUUGAAUAAGGCCUUGGAAUAUCUGAGAUGCCAAAGAGUGCAAAGCAUUCCGCUUAAGCGACCACUUAGGAUACUAAAUGAGCCUGAUUUUGGGGUGCCCAUGUCAGAUGCUUUCUUCUACAUAGGUUUUCAGAAGGACAUUUCUUUUGAUAUAAUGUUCUUGAUUAACGCAAUUGUACACAGAGGAAUAUUCAAUCAGUAUAAUUUAUCAAACAAGUUUUUUGAAUUACUCAGAAAUCAACCUAAGGAUGUCAAUGUAGCUGCCCUGAAGCACUUAUGUACUUACAAGCGCCCAGUGUUUGAUGCAGCUAAGAGGCUGGAAAUGGUCCAAAGAUGGUUGCUCAGAAAUCCAAAACUUUAUGAAAUCUCCAAGCAGUCCGAUGACAUUAUGGAGGUUAGAAGACUGGUUGUUACUCCAACAAAAGCCUAUUGUAUAGCACCAGAAGUUGAAUUGUCUAAUAGGGUCCUGAGAAGAUUUAAAGAAGUUUCAGACCGAUUCUUGAGAGUCACCUUUAUGGAUGAAGGAAUGCAAACACUUAAUACAUAUGCUCUUAACUAUUAUGUUGCUCCCAUUGUGAAGGAAAUCACAUCAAACUCCUUUCCACAGAAGACAAGAAUAUAUAAAAGAGUGAAGACAAUCCUGGAAGAUGGGUUUUACUUUUGUGGCCGAAAAUAUUCAUUUUUAGCCUUUUCGUCCAAUCAACUUAGAGAUCGUUCUGCUUGGUUUUUUGCUGAAGAAAAGAACAUCAGUUGUGAUUUUAUAAGAAAUUGGAUGGGUAAGUUUAAUCAGAAAAAUAUCGCAAAGUGUGCAGCUAGGAUGGGGCAAUGCUUCUCAUCCACAUAUGCAUCGGUGGAAGUUCCUGCUAAUGAAGUUAACUCGAUGCUACCUGACGUGGAGAGGAAUAAUUAUAUUUUCUCUGACGGUAUUGGUAUUAUCACUACUGAUCUUGCAGUCGAAGUUGCUAAAAAAUUGAAGUUGGACAAGGUACCCUCUGCUUACCAGAUCAGGUAUGCUGGUUUUAAAGGGGUUGUAGCCUCUUGGCCUGCUAAAGGGGAUGGAAUCAGACUUUCUUUGAGACCCAGCAUGAACAAGUUUCAAUCCAAUCAUACUACUUUGGAGAUUUGCUCAUGGACUAGGUUUCAACCUGGUUUUCUUAACAGGCAGAUUAUAACACUGCUUUCAGCUUUGGGUGUGCCUGAUGAAAUAUUCUGGAAAAUGCAGGAGGGGAUGAUUUCAGAAUUAAAUCAAAUGCUUGUUGAUGCAGAAGUGGCCUUUGAUGUUCUUACCAAGUCUUGUGCUGAGCAUGGAAAUGCUGCAGCAAUAAUGUUAAGUUGUGGCUUCAGUCCGAAAACAGAACCUCAUCUUAGAGGCAUGCUAAAUUCUAUACGUGCUGCGCAGCUUUGGGGCCUUCGAGAAAAGUCUAGGAUUUUUGUUUCAUCUGGGAGAUGGUUGAUGGGUAUCUUAGAUGAGUUGGGUGUGCUUGAACAAGGGCAAUGCUUUGUGCAAGUGUCUACUCCUUCUAUUGAAAAUUGUUUCUCAAAGCACGGCUCAAGAUUUUCAGAGACAAAAACCUCGCAUGUGGUAAAAGGUCUUGUGGUUAUAGCUAAAAAUCCAUGUCUUCACCCUGGAGAUGUGAGAAUUUUGGAGGCAGUUGAUGUCCCGGCUUUGCAUCAUUUAUAUGACUGUCUUGUUUUUCCUCAAAAGGGUGAAAGACCCCAUGCAAAUGAAGCUUCUGGAAGCGACCUUGAUGGGGAUCUGUAUUUUGUCACAUGGGAUGGAAAUCUCAUUCCACCUAGUAAGAGGAGCUGGCCACCUAUGGAUUACACUGCUCAAGAAAGCCGUCUUCAAACACGGCAAGUCACUAUACGGGACAUCAUAGAUUUUUUUGUAAGAAACAUGGUGAAUGAGCAUUUGGGCUCAAUCUGCAAUGCACAUGUGGUACAUGCGGAUUCCAGUGGCUAUGGCGCCUUAGAUGAAAAAUGCAUCCACUUGGCUGAGUUAGCAGCCACUGCUGUUGAUUUCCCCAAGACCGGAAAGCUUGUCACAAUGCCCCCUAAUUUGAAGCCCAAACUGUACCCUGAUUUUAUGGGGAAAGAGCACCAUCAGUCGUACAUGUCAAAGAAAAUCCUCGGUAGGCUUUACCGACAGAUCAAAGAUGCUUACUAUAAAGAUAUUGAUGCUCCUGAAUUGAACUGUGAAUCUGGUGAUAUACAUUAUGAUGCAGAUCUCGAGGUUCCGGGAUCUGCUGAAUUUAUUGCUGAUGCAUGGGAGCAAAAGUGCUCUUAUGAUGGCCAGUUAACUGGAUUAUUAGGCCAGUAUAAAGUCAAAACAGAGGAAGAGGUUGUCACUGGACAGAUCUGGUCCAUGCCAAGAUACAACAGCAGAAAGCAAGGGGAACUUAAGGAGAGGCUGAAGCACUCAUACAGUUCCCUCAAAAAAGAAUUUAGGCAUAGUUUUGACAAACUGAAUUCCGAUGUUGGAGACGUAAGUGAUGAAGAAAAAAAUUUGUUGUAUGAAAGGAAAGCUUCUGCUUGGUACCAGGUGACAUAUCACCCUAAAUGGUUGAAACAGUCUCUCGAUAUGCAAAUUAAAUCAUCGGAUAACCAAGAGGCAGAUAGUUCUGGGAAUAUAUUGAUGUUGAGUUUUCCCUGGAUUGCUGUUGAUUACCUGGCACGCAUAAAGAUAAGGAAUCGGAAAGUUGGAAAUUUUGAUUCAACUAAGGCAGUGGAUUCUCUGGCGAAAUAUCUAUCCGAAAGGUUAUAGUUAUAUUGUGCUUGAUCAUGGCUACAAGGCCGCUCUGCCACUGCCAAUAGGUUUUCUUUUUGGCAUUUAGUUAAGCUACUUUGGUUGUAACAAGAUAUUUAUAUUUACUUACUGAACCUGCACUUGUUUCUGAGACUGCAGAUUGUAAUCAGUGCUUUUGAUUGUAGUCUGGCACUGUUGUGCUUGUGAUUAUAUAGUUUGAAGAAAGUAUAAUGUUGUGAAA